GUUUGGAUUUUGUUUUGUUUUUAAUAUGUGCACAAUAAAAUUAUGGUUCUUGUGUCAUAAUUACAUUUCUAUUUAAAUACAUAUAUCAAUAUGGACGAUGAUGAUGGCUCAGGUGUUAAUCUAUCAGCGUUAAAUCCAACAAUUUUGAACUAUUACAAAAAGUUUGGCAAGAAGCGGGACUUAGAGCAAUAUUUUUCUCUAUCUACAGCUCAAGGGGAUGCUAGAGAUCCAACAGGGAUCUUUUGGAAACAGAUUAAAUCACAUAGUGACUCCUCGGAUUCUGGCGGGAAAAGAAGUGAAUCCUCACAAGAAGUAUGUCGAAUAUCGAUACAAUGUUCGAUCCCGGAGCCUUCUAGUUCCCAAGAUGAAAACACGAAAACUAAAGAAUCAGUAUCACCUCCUAUAAUUAUUGAAGAACUGUCGGACAAUAUGUCGAGGCAGCAUUCUGGAAGCAUGGAGGAUGAAUCGGAAAAAUCUGAUGAUAACCAGUCACAGAAAUCAUUAGAUGUAUUAUUGGAUACAUCAAUGAACAAACCAUUUUCACCUACAAGCAGUGUUACAUCACAACGUAAACUUGAAUGGGAUUCUCUUGCCGAUGUUGGAUAUGCCAAUGAAAGUGACCGAAAAACAUCAGCAUCAAGUCUUAGUACAUUGGAAAGGCUAGCUUUGAAACAACAAUAUUCAAAUAAUGAUACAAAAAAUGAGAUGGGCGCUCCUACUGCACAAUCUACGCCGAUAGAUGAAAACAGUAAUACAAAAUUGAAAAAGGGGGUAGGAAAAAAGACCAAAUUUACAAAAAAGAACACUGACUAUGUGGAGGUUAAUGUUCCGCAUGUAUCCAAUACUUCUCAAGGCAUUAAUGUAAAUUUGACUAAACACAUUUCAUUUAGUGUUGCAACUAAUGGAGCUAUCAAUAUUGAGGAUUAUAAAAAUGAUAAUAAAACAUCUCCUGAAAGAGUAUCAGUAGAAACUAAAGUAACUCCUCAGUCUAGACUGGACAAAGAAAUUCAGACAUCUUUAUAUAAAACAAAAGGAAGUCAAAGCGAGAAUCAUAGCUUACAUCAAAACCAUCGAAUACCAGUUUUAAUUCGAUUGAAUUCUUUGAGAAGACGCAACCGCCGUAGGAGAGUAAAAUUAGUAAGAAAGAAAUCAAAAACUAAAAAAAGGGCACAUUCUUUAAAAGAAAUGACUCCACCUCAAGAAAGAAGUGGGGAGCAAUUAUCUGAAGCUGAAAGUUUUGAAUACAUGCCAGGUCAUAUUUACAAUCAAAAUCAGAUGAAGGCUCAACAUAAUAAACCAACAAACACUGAGAACAAAUCCAGCUUAGAAUCAAGUGGUAUAACAACAGACUCGAGUAAAAUAUCAAAACUAUCUUUCACUAAGGACCUAGAGAAAAGUAUUGAACUUUUAAAAGCAACAUGCAAACAACACUGUGAGGAUAAAGAUUUAAAAAAAAAGUUGAUAAAAGAAAUUAUCAAAAGACUCUUAACCAUACAAUAUAGAGAUGAUGAGAGUACUACCGAUUUCUUGUCUGGUCUAAGUUCGAAUAGGAAAAAGGCUCAUAUUAGAGAACAGAACAAUACAACAUCUAGUAAUUCUGAUAGUAAUAAAACUUCGAACCAAAUGAAGGCGGCUCGACCCAGGAACUCCAUAUUACGAAUUGAUUCAUUUAAUGCUAAUGCUUUGGCUUCAACUUCUCAAAGUGCGCCCAAUUUACCUGCAGCAAUAACCAGUGACAAAAUUAACUCAAAUCUGGUUCGAACGUUAACAUCUUCAAAUACUGAUUCUGAUGUAUCUAGUCGUGAGAAAACAUCAUCUGACGCUUUUGCGAAAACAUCGUCUGAAGAACUUUACCUAAAAUACUUGGAGGCUCUUAAACGAGAACAAGCUUAUAAGAAGCAUUUGAAAGACAAAGAGCUAUUUUUGAAACAAAAACUUACCAGUGCAGAAUCUGUAGUCAAAGCAUCUGUCAAAACAAAUUUAAAAGUAAACAACAGGUUAAAAGACUUGAUGAAAGAUUUGACUCGAAACAACUAUGAUGAUGGUUCAGGUGAUGCCAGUAAAUUGGAAGGAAGUCCUAAUUCCAAUGCUAGUUUCGAUGCACCUGCUCCAGUGCGGAGUCAGCAUAGUCAUUCUGUAUUCACAUUGUCAUCAGGUACUUCUGAAGGUCAAAAUAAAAAAUCAAAUUUAAAGAAAAAACUCCAAAAUGAUAUUAAGGAAUUAUCUAAAGAUGAGCAUUAUUGCCGUUGUCCUCACCACUCGACUGGCUUAAAAGUUGGCGUCACUGAUAGUUCAGUUCAAGUUAAUUUAAAAGAUAUUGAACUUGAAAAAGUGAAGAAACAAACAUCUCCAUCUGAGUCAUGUAAAUGUAAAAAAGAAUCUCCUCGGAAUCUUGCAAGAAUUAUCCCAGAUAAUAUGACUGGGGAAAUUAAGUAUGUGUGUUUGUGUGAUGAACCAAGUAUAUCUCGAGAUAUGAGAGAUAACUUUUUAGUGUAUAAAUGCUCACGUCUGGCCAAUAAAGGUGUUCAAUUAGGGGAUUUGUUGCCUAGGACACAAGUUGAUAUAACCAAGUCCAAAAAUAACUUUUACCCUAAUGACAAUAACACUCAAUAUGAACCAGUAUCUUCAAAACAAAUAUUUUAUUAUAAUGAAGAUAAAAACAAAGAGAUUACAGAUAGCAGUAGUUCAGAAAAUAUGCAUUUAAAAAAGAGUUCAAAGUCAUCACAGACUAACUUAUUGCUAAAAAUGCUGCGCCGAAAAUCUAGCGGGGCCACUGUAAACUCACUCCAGCUAAAUCCCAAUGAAAACAAUAUUGUGAUGCAAAUUCCAGAAAAUAGGCGCAAGAUUGCAAUUAAAGAAGCUACAAGAUGUAUUCAAACGGAAAUCAGUAUAAAUCCCCAAAUAUCUGACCCAUCACUCUCUGACAUAAACAUUGUGAACGAUGUAGAUUGUGUGAAGUUUAUCGGUGAACAGAUUAAAGAAGUUUCUAGACGUAGUUCUGAAACUGAAAUGGGUCGUUGUAAAAAAGACAAUGUAGCAGAAAAUAUUCUCAAGAAUAGUAAUGACAUGUCAUCAGAAGAUAGUUCGAAUAAUUUAAUUGAAGAACCCGAAAAUGUAGUGAUGCAAAACGUGGGAACACUGAAGCAAGGCACUCUUGAAGACGAAGUCCUGAACAGUGGUAAAACUUCAGAAAACUUCACGAUACCAAUACAAGGCACAAAUAUGACGUUAAUGGUUAGCAUUGGAGCUAAUGAUGCAAAUUCUCUUAAUACCAAAAUGCCUGAAGUACACAAGAGCGUUAUUACGGAGAGAAACAAUGUUGCUGAUAGAUGUACAUCACUAACCGAAGAAUGCAGCAAAGGGAUUCAGUACGACAGCAAGGCUUUUACGUCAGAGAAAAAUGACUUACGUCAAGAAACCCACCCCGAUAAUAACACUGUAACUGAUGAGAUAAGUGAUUUGGGCUGGAAAAAGUCAUGCUAUACAAACACUUGUAUUGAGGUGGGAAAAAGUGACUACAACACUAUCCCUAAACGCAGUCCAGUUGGACAAAGGAGAUUCCUUCGAGCUAACACUGACACAGGAACACUAAAAAUUCAAACUGAAGAAAUCAUGAAAACUGAUAAAACGACUCAACAAGGCGUCCCAUUGGGUAUGCCUAGUACUGAGAGAAAAUUAAGUGGUGAAAAGUCUGAGAUUGAAAUAAUUAGCUUCGCCAAAACAUCUACUGAUCAAUGCUGUGGAUCGCCAAACCGAAAUAAUAAGGAAGCUAAGGAAACAAACAAAAAUACUUUUCAAGAUAAUUCUGAAGGGAAGGAAAUACAAUAUAUGGACGCACCAAAACCUACAUGCAGUACUUUAUGCGGAAACGUCGAUAAACCAAAAAUGGCUGAAAGAGAUCAAGCGCAAAAAUCAGCGCAGUAUAUACCAGAAACAUCUUCUAGAGAGUUCGAUUCCAACUCUAGUGGUACUAAAAAAAGUGUUGAAGUGUCCUGUGAAGGUAAAUCCGAAUCACGAAAAUCAAGCAGUUCCAGCGAUAGGCAAAAUGGAAGUGAUCCAAUUUUAGAUAGGAUCCGAAGCAUCACGAGGCGCUAUUCAAAAGACGACAUGGAGAAGAACAAACGCAAGAAAUGCUUCAAAGAAAUCAUGACUGUUCUUAAUUAUUUGUUAGACACAGAUGAUUCCACCGAUUGGGAAAAAGUUAAACCGAGCGACAGUUGUACUACUGAAGCAAAAUCGGAGCCUUGUUGCAAUAAACCGGAAACUGUCUCGGAGUAUUGCCAGACUAAAGAAGUGGUCGACAGAGGUAUCCAACUGUCUUCGAAAAAAUCGAAGAAAAGGAUAUUCAGUACUGAAUCGUCUGAACUACCCACUUCGACGGAUUUACCUGCAACUUCAUCUGAUUCUGCCACUUGUAAAAUCUUAAACAAAAUAAAAAAAGAAUGUGAAAAGUUCCAUCAGAAACGUUGCAAAUCGCACAGUGCCGUAAAAAAAUGUGAAGUUUCCAGCACCACUUCGGCGAAUUGUGAUCAAUGCAGACGCACUCACCAUUGCUCCUGUCGGGUGAAAUGUAAAGGGCAUCGCUCUAAAGCGAAACCGGACAAGGCCGAUAAGAAAUCCGUUGCCUAUAAUCUCAUUAUACAAACAUCCGAAAGUAUGGUCAGCGAGGAAGUGUGCGAUGGAACACGUCGUCCCCUCAAGAACAUCGUGGUCAAAGUUCCGUCGCGUCGGAACUGUAAUGUCCCGUUCAAAGAAAUGGAGGCCAAAAUCGAAAGGAGACUCCCAGACUGCAGUCCCCGGUGUAAUAUUAAAACGCAAACAUCUAGAAGCCUGCCGAAUGAGAGCGAGAUAUCUAGUUUGGACGAUCAGAUGAGACGCUCUCAGAUUUGUACCGUACGUGAAUAUUUGGAGUUGAAUCGACCUGACUUCGUCGAGAAAUCCUCGCAGCGUCAGAACUGCUUGAAAGUGAUACGAGAAACCAGAGCAAAUAAACGAGCAACCCACCGAGACCUGCUGUCAAUGCACGUGGAACAAUUGCCACUGACGAACCUCGAUAUGAACAAGCUAAGACAUCUUGCGAGACAGAUCGGUGUCGACACAAAUAAUAGAAAACAUGGCCCAAAAUUCAUAGGCGAAAAAGAAAUGAAAAAGCACUCUGAGAAAAUUUACAAGUCUCUAGCCGAAGUCGUCGAAAAAAAGGAAAAAUUGAAGAAAGAAAAUAUAAAAAAGACGAAUCUAUUGAUGGCUGAUAUAUUUAAAAAGAAUCUCCAGAAAAGAACUCUGCGCGGUUAUGUAAACACAUCGAACUACAAUACUGUUAUAAAGAUUUGACAUACCAAAGUAGAUUUUGAAUAUUGAAUUGUAGGUAAUGUGUUUGUUGUUUUAUUGUAUUUGUUUAGGAUCAAUGUUGGAUCCCCAUGUAUUGACGAGGUGUGUUUGCCUCUUGUUUUUGUUAAUGAAAUAUAUUUGUGUUUUGAUA